AACGUCUUGUUCGUGUGGAACAACUACAACAACUACAUAAACUAUAGAACAGUUUAAAAAAAGCUCAUAGUAUAGUAUUUCACUAUACUUGUAAUGUAUAGUUAGUGAUUACUGAUUACUAUUUACAAAUUUAAAUCAUUGUUUGGUUAUCAAGACUUGUAGUAUCGUUUUUUUUUUUUUUUUGAUUCAUUGGUAUAAUAAUAUGAACUAAACCGUUCAAUUUCAAAUUAAUCAUGAUGGAGAUGAAAAAACAUCAAGAAGAUCAGUUUGCUAAAUUAGCAGUGUUUCUUAGUGAAACGAAACAACCCUUCAUCAAUGUUCAAACGGCUCAAAUUACUUGUGCAAUGGAAUUGCUCAAAGUACUGCCAGCUGCACAGGAUGCUGUUUUUGAGUAUUAUGCAAAGUUUUUUGAUUAUGCUAUUUCUACAUAUUUGAAACAACUUAAAGUUCAGCCAUCRUGGGUUGAAUCAAGUACAUCAUCACGGCUUGAGCCUCCAAUCAUACCACCUGAAAUCAUWGAAAAYGUAACCAACAUAAGGGAUGUUCUUUUGCGACUAGUUGAAGAAGAUCACUUAGUUUGGGCUCCUGUUGUACUGCAUUGGUCUUAUAAAUUGUUAGGAAAAGUAUCUAAGCACUACAAUAUGCAUGAAUUUGCUAGAAUGCCWUUGGGAGAUAUGCUUCGAUUUUGGUCUCAGUGUUCAGUUGCUUAUAUUCUAGUAGACAUUAAUAACAAGACUAUUGCUAAAAUGAUGAAAGCAGAGGGGGAACGGUCAGUUGAUCCUAUGAUUGAAACCAUGUUAGGGUAUAAAAGUUCAAGUUUUGAAUGGGUUUUAGCUCAAAUUGGUGAUAGUUUCCCAUCAUUAGUUAUUAUGGAAAUGUUAUUGUGUGGUAUUAAAGAGAUGUGUACCACUAAAAAAUUUAAACAUACUGAAAAGCUAAAUUCCUUUAUUAGAAUUCUUGAUCACCUCUCGAUUACAUACUUCAAUAACAUCAAAGAUGUUGUGUUCAAACUAUUCAAGUUAAGUCUUGGCGAAGAACACCAAAAAAUGACUGUUGAAAAUGUUGCAAUAAUUCCUUUUCUUUUGCACAUGGCUAUGUGUUCUUCAACAUUACUCAAGUCAAUGUUAUGUGAAAAUUUAACUCAAAUCACUCCAGAGGUACUAAAUAAAUUAUUACCAUUAUAUCAACAGUGGAAAAAAUAUUUUGAUGAACAAUGUAGUUUGUUAGAUAUUAUGGUACAAGUAUUAUUGAAUGCUGAUCGAGGAAUUAAGCAUGUUUUAAAUUUAAUAUUUCAAUUAAUUGAUUGUGAAGAUCCAAAAUUCAAAAUUCUAAAAACUGGUGCCCAGACAUUAUUUGAAUUGUUCCUUGCUGAACUUGAAUAUUCACUGAGAACAAACCGCACUACGCCUCCCAUAGUCAAAGCACUUGUAACAAACUUACAUUCAAUCAAACUUUAUUUAUUAUCAACAAAUAUAAAUGUGGCUCAACCAGCUGCAAAGCUUUUAAGUUGUAUUGCGAUUAGGGACCAAGAGUGUUUGUUGCCAUAUAUAGCAACAAUGUUAAUCGAAUGUGAAAAUAGCAUACAACUGGAGACACUUAUAGAAAUUUUAUCGUUUGGUGUCAAUAUGGCUCAUUUUGAUGGAGGCUUAGUCUAUGCUCUGGCUAAAACUGAUGUUUCUUUAUCUAAUGUUUGGAACAACAUAAAUACUUUACUGAGUUUGGAAUCUGAUCCACCUGAGGGUAUUUCACUGUAUGGUGUUUCAUUGGCUGUUGUAUCUCAUUUGGACAAGAUAUGCCGAUCAAUGAUUGAAUGUUGUCAUAGUGGAGAUAUGCAAUCUGCUCAUUUAUUGUCAUCGAUAUUAUCUAAAAUUGCUGCUAAGCUAUGCAUGAAAGAAAUGUCUGUACCUAAAGUGUUAUACUGUGUAAAAGCAGCUGUACUAUAUUUCUUCACUUGUCUAUUUAAAGAAAAAGAUGAGAUGUUUAAGCUGAGAGCAUGUCUUCGAAUGAAUAAGUUUGUCAAUACUGUUAGUUAUCGGUCRUCAAUAGCUAGAACAGCUGCUAUGAAAUAUAUUUUGGAUGGUGUUCUAAAGGAACCAUUUUCAUUGUUAUUUGUCAUGCCUGAUAAUCGACGUAAUGACUAUAUAAUACAGCCGCUUGAAAAAACUUCAUUAAUGGGAUCAUUCCUUCAACAGGAAUUCAAUUUAAUGUUUGGUGAGGAAAUAAACAUUAAAUUUGACAAAAAUGAACUACAUCCAAAAUAUAAAACACCUGUUUUUGAUGCUAAAAGUGUACGUUUCAAUGAGCAGCGUCUUGUUUCAUUUUUACGUUCUUGUUAUUCGUCCGAUGAAUGUUAUUCAUUUGAACCAACAUUGGACACAGUAGUAUCUUUAGCACUAUUAGUUGUUCAGUUUGUAUCACCAGAUGUAAUGUACAAUGGUUUGCCUUGGCCUGAUGAAGAUUUUACAAAAGUCACUAUUGAAAGAGAUGUUCAUAUUUACCAUACAAUUACUACUAAACCAAUACUCUGGACAAUACUUGGAAUAUUGGCCGGUCAUCGCCCGGCACUUUGCUAUUGCUCAGUCCUGUUAAGAGCCGUCUGUGCAUGUUUGAUAAAUCAUUGGGGGGCAGUUAACCAUACUAAGGGAAAAUCCAAGGAUAAUCAACAAUUAUUAAAUGAUACUGUGAAGCUAUUAAACACUAUGUCACUAGGUCAGCUUUUACCUAAACCAUUAGAUGUCUUGGGUGUUAUUGUUACAGAACUCACACCACAACAAAUACUAAUAGUAUUACGAGACUGCGUUUGGACAUACACUAGAGAUCACAUUCCAGCACCAGCUCUGUUUUUACGAAAUAAUAUUGGUGGUAUGUGGAGGGACACAACAACUGUAGCUGUGCCAAAACCAUACUCGGAUUCUUUAAGACUCACUAUGAUUGAAAAUAUUUCACAAUUCGGUGAUUUAUAUGCCAGACUGUUUACUAACAAUAAACAACAGUCUAUGGAAACAUAA